AAUUUUAUAACCUCUUUUUCUGUUUUUAUCACCAAGAAAAUUGAGAAGAAUCGAUCAAUUAGUUAAUGCAGUAUUUUAUCUGAUGAUUAUAGGUCUGAGUAUUCAAAAUGACAUUUUUAAAAUCUUGGGAAGAGUUCGAAAAAGCUGCAGAAAAAUUGUAUAUGCAAGAACCUUCCAAAGUUAGAUAUACCAUGAAAUAUGUUCAUUCCAAGAAUCAUCUAAUUUUGAAAAUGACCGAUAAUGUAGUCUGUUUACAAUUCAAGACUGAAAUUGCCCAGGAUGUAAGAAAAAUAGACAAAUUUUUGAAUAACUUAAUGAGACAUAUGGUGUCUAAGGAGAAUUAGUUUAUAAGGACAUUAAUAAAGUUUCUUAAAAAACGCA